AUGUGGGACACAGAGUCCACCUCCUCACGCGACUGCCAUGGAGAAUACACCAUGGAACACACACCUCUGAUGAAUCAGGUACACAGACACGAACAUUUGCACGCAGGCGCGCGCACACACACACACACACACACACACACAGAUACACACACACACACACACAGAGAGCUACCUAGGUCAUACAUACACAAAUUUAUUAUAUUAGUCCCACUCUCAAAUAUACACUAUAUAUACAAAAGUGGAUUUGGCUAUUUCAGCCACACCCGUUACUAACAGGUGUAUAAAAUUGAGCACACAGACAUGCAAUCUCCAUAGACAAACAUUGGCAGUAGAAUGGCCUUACUGAAGAGCUAAGUGACUUUCAACGUGGCACCGUCAUAGGAUGCCACGUUUCCAACAAGUCAGUUCGUCAGAUUUCUGCUAGAGCUGCCCCGCUCAACUGUAAGUGCUGUUAUUGUGAAGUGGAAACGUCUAGGAGCAACAAUGGCUCAGCCGCGAAGUGGUAGGCCACACAAGCUCACAUGACGGGACCACCGAGUGUUGAAGCGCGUAUUGCGUAAAAAUGGUCUGUCCUCGGUUGCAAUACCAGCCAACUUGUUUUGACCUCGGUGGGUUUAUUUAUGUAAGGGAGUGUGUACACGUAUUACUAUUACAUUAUUAAUGGGGUUGCAACACUCACUACCGAGUUCCAAACUGCCUCUGGAAGCAACGUCAGCACAAGAACUGUUCGUCGGGAGCUUCAUGAAAUGGGUUUCCUUGGCCGAGCAGCCGCACACAAGCCUAAGAUCACCAUGCGUAAUGCCAAGCGUCGGCUGGAGUGGUGUAAAGCUUGCCGCCAUUGGACUAUGGAGCAGUGGAAAUGCGUUCUCUGGAGUGAUGAAUCACGCUUUAACAUCUGGCAGUCCGAAGGACAAAUCUGGGUUUGGCGGAUGCCAGGAAAACGCUAACUGCCCCAAUGCAUACUGCCAACUGUAAAGUUGUUCCAAUAUCUACUAUAGUGGAAUGCCUUCCCAGAACAGUGGAGGCUGUUAUAGCAGCAAAGGGGGGGACCAACUCCAUAUUAAUGCCCAUGAUUUUGGAAUGAGAUGUUCGACAAGCAGGUGUCCACAUACCUUUGGUCAUGUAGCGUCCUCAGAGAAUGUGCAGACCAGCUGGCUGGAGUGUUUACGGACAUAUUCAAUAUCUCCCUAUCCCAGUCUGCUGUCCCCACUUGCUUCAAGAGUGCCACCAUUGUUACUGUACCCAAGAAAGCAAAGGUAACUGAACUAAAUUACUAUCACCCCGUAGCACUCACUUCUGUCCUCAUGAAGUGCUUUGAGAGACUAGUCAAGGAUCAUAUCACCUCUACCUUACCUGACACCCUAGACCCACUUCAAUUUGCAUACCACCCCAAUAGAUCCACAGACGAUGCAAUCGCCAUUGCACUGCACACUGCCCUAUCCCAUCUGGACAAGAGGAAUACCUAUGUAAGAAUGCUGUUCAUUGACUAUAGCUCAGCCUUCAACACCAUAGUACCCUCCAAUCUCAUCAUUAAGCUCGGGGUUCUGAACCCCACCCUGUCUAACUGGGUCCUGGACUUCCUGACGGGCCGCCCCCAGGUGGUGAAUGUAGGAAACAACACCUCCACUUCGCUGAUCCUCCUGUACUCCCUGUUCACCCAUGACUGCGUGGCCACGCACGCCUCCAACUCAAUCAUCAAGUUUGCAGACGACACAACAGUAGUAGGCCUAAUUACCAACAAUGACGAGACAGCCUACAGGGAGGUGGUGAGGGCCCUGGCAGAGUGGGUCCAGGAAAAUAACCUCUCUCUCAAUGUCAACAAAAUGAAGGAGCUGAUCGUGGACUUCAGGAAACAGCAGAGGGAGCACGCCCCUAUCCACAUCGACAGGACCACAGUGGAGAAGGUGAAAAGCCUCAAGUUCCUCGGCGUAAACAUCACUGACAAUCUGAAAUGGUCCACCCACACAGACAGUGUGGUGAAGAAGGCAACAGUGCCUCUUCAACCUCAGGAGGCUGAAGAAAUUGGGCUUGGCCCCUAAGGCCCUCACAAACUUUUACAGAUGCACAAUUGAGAGCAUCCUGUCGGGCUGUAUCACCGCCUGAUACGGCAACUUCACCGCCCGCAACCGCAGGGCUCUCCAGAGGGUGGUGCGGUCUGCCCAACGCAUCACCAGGGGGCAAACUACCCGCCCUCCAAGACACCUACAGCACCCGAUGUCACAGGAAGGCCAAAAAGGUAAUCAAGGACAUCAACCACCUGAGCCACGUCCUGUUCACCCCGCUACCAUCCAGAAGGCGAGGUCAGUACAAGUGCAUCAAAGCUGGGACCGAGAGACUGAAAAACAGCUUCUAUCUCAAGGCCGUCAGACUGUUAAAUAGCCAUCACUAGCCAGCUACCACUCAGUUACUCAACCAUGCACCUUAGAGGCUGCUGCCCUAUAUACAAAGGCAUGGAAUCACUCAUCACUUUAAAAAUGGAACACUAGACACUUUAAUAAUGUUUACAUACUGCUUUACUCAUUUCAUAUGUAUAUACUGUAUUCUAUUCUACUGUAUUUUAGUCAAUGCCACUCCAUUGCUCGUCCUAAUAUUUAUAUAUUUCUUAAUUCCAUUCUUUUACUUUUAGAUUUGUGUGUAUUGUUGUGAAUUGUUAGAUACUACUGCACUUUAGGAGCUAGGAACACAAGCCUUUCGCUACACCCGCAAUAACAAAGGCUAAAUAUGUGUAUGUGACCAAUAUGAUUUGAUUUGAUUUGUAGCUUCAGUUCAGACCACCUUUCUGGCUCUCCAAUAGAGGGUGCCAUGGCAUUACGGCUCACUCUGUUAGUCAUCCCUUAGUCGUGGCUUUUACAAGGUGCUGUAGUUGGGCUGUUUUAUGUCGUUUCUAAAGUAACUGCUAAUAACGAUCUGGGAAACAAGUAAACAAACAUUUUGCCUUUAAAAAAAAAUUGUUGUUUUACUUUUUUUCCCUCCACUCUCCCUCCCUUUCUAUCGUUUUAUCUACUCCCCCACCUCCCCCACCUCCCCCCCUCAAGUAUUUUCGUUGGGAGCAGCCCAGGCACCUCCAGGUCCUGACUGACAGGUGCAGACAAGCGACCCACCUGGACCCCCUGGGUGUGCCCGUGGUUCUGGGCCCUGCCCACCGCCCCCUCGGUCGCGCCCAGUCCUCCCCCGCCUCCACCUCUCUCCCCCCUCCUCCACAGCCCACGGACACCCCACUGUCUCUGGCCAGCCCUGGUCCGGAGACCACCGCCAAGCUACGCUUCACCACUGGUGAGAGACAUUUGGGGAAUGCUGUACUGUACACGGUGCUUGUUGUAUCUUGUUGUAUCUCAUGUACAACAUACUAUAUAUUCAGAAGGUGCUGUAUGUUCCAUCCGUAGAAUUACAUAUUAGCACUUAUUAUUUAUUUAUUAGGAUCUCUGUGGUCCCGUCUACUGUAUGUGUGUCUGGCUUUCUGGCUUUCUAUCUAUUUUGUAUGGUCUCUAAACUACGGUGUGUGUCGGUGUGUGUGUGUGUGUGUAGGUCUGGUGUAUGACUCUCAGAUGCUGAAGCACCAAUGCACCUGUGGCGACAAUAGCCGACACCCCGAGCAUGCUGGAAGAAUCCAAAGCAUCUGGUCCAGACUUCAGGAGAGGGGCCUCAGGAACCAGUGUGAGGUAGGUACAAUAUAAAGUACUACACAGCAGCACAUACUACACUACAAUAUUCUAGAUUCAGAGGGGUUAAAUGCGGAAGACACAUUUCAGUUGAAUGCAUUCAGUUGUACAACUGACUAGGUAUCCCCCUUUCCCGUUCUACACAACACCACAGAACUAAAUAUGUUGGUUGAAACUGCUGUUAUGAACACUGCUGCCACCUAGGGUUACACCCCAGCACUGCACCCCCCUUUGCCCUGGCCCAGGGUUCCAAGAUCAAACUUUGUGUGUUGUUUGUUUCUUUAAACAGUCCAUUGAGGUCAGAAUACCUCUUUUCCAAGGGAGGCCUGUUUGUGUACUUAUGCUGUAAUUUGUGUUUGUGUGUUGAUGGGUGCGUGUGUGCAUUCGUGAGUGCAUUCAUGAGUGCAUGCAUGUGGACUAGUGUGUGUAUGUGCCUGUGUCUCGUGUGUGUGCGUGUGUUAACUCUAAAUGGCAUGGUGUGUGUGUGUGUGUGUGUGCUCCUCCAGUGUAUCCGGAGCAGAAAGGCCACUCUGGAGGAGCUUCAGUCUGUCCACUCUGAGAAACAUGUCCUGCUGUACGGCACCAACCCUCUCAACCGCCUCAAACUGGACAACCGCAAGCUGACUGGUGCGACACACACUCAGUCUCUCCUCUCUCUCUCUCUCUCUCUCUCUUCGUCUCUCUCUCUCUCUCUCUCCUCAUCUCUCUCUCUCGCUCUCGGUCUUUCUCUCUCUCGUCUCUUCCUCUCUAUCUCUCUUUUCUCUCUCCCUCUCUCUCGUUCCUCUCUCACUCUCUCUCUUCUCUCUCUCACUACAUGCACGCUCAUCUUCACACACACACACACCCCUCUGACACACCUCAUUGUCAAACACUCACAUUACACUACUGUUCAAAAGUUUGGGGGUCACUUAGAAAUGUCCUUGUUUUCGAAAGAAGCAAUUUUUUUGUCCAUUUAAAAUAACAUCAAAUUGAUCAGAAAUACAGUGUGGACAUUGUUAAUGUUGUAAAUGGCUAUUGUAGCUGGAAACGGCUGAUUUUUUAUGGAAUAUCUACAUAGGCGUACAGAGGCCCAUUAUCAGCAAACAUCAGUCCUGUGUUCCAAUGGCACGUUGUGUUUGCUAAUCCAAGUUUAUUAUUUUAAAAGGCUAAUUGAUCAUUAUAAAACCCAUUUGCAAAGAAAAAGCCAUAUUUCAGACUGGCCAAUCAAAAGUAAAUAUUAAAGAUGGGCAGUCUGAGAUAUGGCUUUUUCUUUGCAACUCUGCCUAGAAGGUCAGCAUCCCGGAGUCGCCUCUUCAAUGUUGACGUUGAGACUGGUGUUUUGCGGAUACUAUUUAAUGAAGCUGCCAGUUGAGGAGUGAGGUGCCUGUGAGGUGCCUGUUUCUCAAACUAGACACUAUUGUAUUUGUCCUCUUGCUCAGUUGUGCACCUGGGCCUCCCACUCCUCUUUCUAUUCUGGUUAGAGCCAGUUUGCGCUGUUCUGUAAAGGGAGUAGUACACAGCGUUGUACGAGAUCUACAGUUUCUUGGCAAUUUCUCGCAUGGAAUAGCCUUCAUUUCUCAGAACAAGAAUAGACUGACGAGUUUCAGAAGAAAGUUCUUUGCUUCUGGCCAUUUUGAGCCUUUAAUCGAACCCACAAUUGCUGAUGCUCCAGAUACUCAACUAGUCUCAAGAAGGCCAGUUUUAUUGCUUCUUUAAUCAGCACAACAGUUUUCAGCUGUGCUACCAUAAUUGCAAAAGGGUUUUCUAAUGAUCAAUUAGCCUUUUGAAAUGAUAAACUUGGAUUAGCAAACACAACGUGCCAUUGGAACACAGGACUGAUGUUUGCUGAUAAUGGGCCUCUGUACGCCUAUGUAGAUAUUCCAUAACAAAUCAGCCGUUUCCAGCUCCAAUAGCCAUUUACAACAUUAACAAUGUCUACACUGUAUUUCUGAUCAAUUUGAUGUUAUUUUAAUGGACAAAAAAAUUGCUUUUCUUUCGAAAACAAGGACAUUUCUAAGUGACCCCAAACUUUUGAACGGUAGUGUGGGUAAUAGGCACACAUCAGUAUUUUUACACACUCAUAAUCACACACAUGGAACUAUACACAUACAGUGGGGAGAACAAGUAUUUGAUACACUGCCGAUUUUGCAGGUUUUCCUACUUACAAAGCAUGUAGAGGUCUGUAAUUGUUAUCAUAGGUACACAUCAACUGUGAGAGACGGAAUCUAAAUCAAAAAUUCAGAAAAUCACAUUGUAUGAUUUUUAAGUAAUUAAUUUGCAUUUUAUUGCAUGACAUAAGUAUUUGAUACAUCAGAAAAGCAGAACUUAAUAUUUGGUACAGAAACCUUUGUUUGCAAUUACAGACAUCAUACGUUUCCUGUAGGUCUUGACCAGGUUUGCGCACACUGCAGCAGGGAUUUUGUCCCACUCCUCCAUACAGACCUUCUCCAGAUCCUUCAGGUUUCGGGGCUGUCGCUGGGCAAUACGGACUUUCAGCUCCCUCCAAAGAUUUUCUAUUGGGUUCAGGUCUGGAGACUGGCUAGGCCACUCCAGGACCUUGAGAUGCUUCUUAUGGAGCCACUCCUUAGUUGCCCUGGCUGUGUGUUUCGGGUCGUUGUCAUGCUGGAAGACCCAGCCACGACCCGUCUUCAAUGCUCUUACUGAGGGAAGGAGGUUGUUGGCCAAGAUCUCACGAUACAUGGCCCCAUCCAUCCUCCCCUCAAUACGGUGCAGUCGUCCUGUCCCCUUUGCAGAAAAGCAUCCCCAAAGAAUGAUGUUUCCACCUCCAUGCUUCACGGUUGGGAUGGUGUUCUUGGGGUUGUACUCAUCCUUCUUCUUCCUCCAAACACGGCGAGUGGAGUUUAGACCAAAAAGCUCUAUUUUUGUCUCAUCAGACCACAUGACCUUCUCCCAUUCCUCCUCUGGAUCAUCCAGAUGGUCAUUGGCAAACUUCAGACGGGCCUGGAUAUGCGCUGGCUUGAGCAGGGGGACCUUGCGUGCGCUGCAGGAUUUUAAUCCAUGACGGCGUAGUGUGUUACUAAUGGUUUUCUUUGAGACUGUGGUCCCAGCUCUCUUCAGGUCAUUGACCAGGUCCUGCCGUUUAGUUCUGGGCUGAUCCCUCACCUUCCUCAUGAUCAUUGAUGCCCCACGAGGUGAGAUCUUGCAUGGAGCCCCAGACCAAGGGUGAUUGACCGUCAUCUUGAACUUCUUCCAUUUUCUAAUAAUUGCGCCAACAGUUGUUGCCUUCUCACCAAGCUGCUUGCCUAUUGUCCUGUAGCCCAUCCCAGCCUUGUGCAGGUCUACAAUUGUAUCCCUGAUGUCCUUACACAGCUCUCUGGUCUUGGCCAUUGUGUAGUUGUUGGAGUCUGUUUGAUUGAGUGUGUGGACAGGUGUCUUUUAUACAGGUAACGAGUUCAAACAGGUGCAGUUAAUACAGGUAAUGAGUGGAGAACAGGAGGGCUUCUUAAAGAAAAACGAACAGGUCUGUGAGAGCCGGAAUUCUUACUGGUUGGAAGGUGAUCAAAUACUUAUGUCAUGCAAUAAAAUGCAAAUUAAUUACUUAAAAAUCAUACAAUGUGAUUUUCUGGAUUUUUGUUUUAGAUUCCGUCUCUCACUGAAGUGUACCUAUGAUAAAAAUUACAGACCUCUACAUGCUUUGUAAGUAGGAAAACCUGCAAAAUCGGCAGUGUAUCAAACACUUGUUCUCCCCACUGUAUGCAUUGAUCAUCAAGUAUUGAAUGAAUGUAAGAUUAAUGUAUUUGAUUUCUCUCACUCUUUCAGGAAUCUUAUCUCAAAGGAUGUUUGUGAUGCUACCAUGUGGAGGAGUUGGAGUGAGUUACUCAGAAUAACACACACACACACACAUGAACAAACACACAGAUUUACAGUACACUGGCAAACAGCUCAACAGACCCUGUAACGAACAAUCAAAGAGUCAUGUGAAAUCUGUCCACUUAUCUAAUCACAUUACAAAAUGGCAAACAUUACAUGCUUGAUUAUACCUCAUUACACAAUUAAGCUAAUAGGGAUACAAAUUGUGGAGGCUGUUGUUUUUGGCGGGGACACGGUUGAAACGCCAAUCAGAUAUCAAAGGCAAAGAAGAGGUGAGAGAUGAGAAGAAGAGAGAGAGGAAGAAAGUGUGGACUCUGAAUUGUUUGCUUGGAGGGGUGCCUGGGGAACUGUGGUUGAGUGGUUGAGUGGAGGGGAAUUUAUUCAGGAGGAAGAGGGUGAAGAGAGGAUGAAUGGAGGAGGAAGAGGGGGAGAAGAGAGGAGGAGGAAUAAUUGGGCUAGUAUGGUGUUGAUAAGGAAAGAGAAAAUGCAGACACUGAAGAAGAGGAGGAAGAAGAGAUGAGUGCAGGAGGAUGACGAAGAUGAGAGAGAAAGGGAAGGGGAGCGUUGAAGAGGAAAAGAGAAAGAGGUAGAGUGUGUGUAGUCUUGAUGAAGAAGAAAAAAUGUGGAUACUAAAGAAGAGGAUGAAGAGGGGAUGAGUGGAGGAGGAAGAAGAUGAGAGCAAGAGGGUGAAGAGGAGAGUAGAGGACGGUUUGUAUGGUGUUGAUAAGGCGCCUGAUCUGCCUGGAUUUCCGGCCCUUGGUUCCUCUGGUGAGGCGAGCUGAUUGAAACAAUAUGGCGAAGAAAGUGAUAAAAGAAAUUCCUCUGAUUUCAUUGUUCUGCCAAACCGCCAGAAAUGUGGAGUUUUUAAACAUGGAAUAACAAAGGGAGGGAGAGAGAGAGAGAGAAUCUGAGAACAGGAAUACUCUACUACCCCCUUUACCGUCAUCAUCAGCGGUUAAAGUCAGGGUUGUGGUGAUUUGUGUGGGUAAAUGUUACCCUUGCCACUUCCAUACCCCUGACUCCCAAUAAGUUAUGCUUCUCUUCAUUUAGUUGGAACACAGUAGAGACUUUGUAAUCCAAUACUGUAACAAUCCAGUCCUUACCACAACCCGUCACCUCUGUUUCCCAAUUCCACUGGAUGACUUCCUCUUUACCUCAUUGGGCUGUCACAUAGUUGACAUCAAGUGAGACCUAUUUCAACCAAUCAACUUAUAUUGUUUCUAAACGAUGCCCUUGUUUCUCCUUGUGGUUUUAACUUUGAUCCUGCCUCCUGGUAAAUUCCUGGUUUUGUAUGAUUGACAGGUGGACAACGAUACGAUCUGGAAUGCGACGCACACGUCGACGGCGUCUCGCUUGGCGGCAGGCAGCGUGACGGAGCUGGCACUCAGGGUGGCACAGGGAGAGCUGAAGGUGAGACCGCCAACCAUUCAUUGUCACCUCGGUUACACCCCCACUUAGUUUUGUCAGGGCCGUAACACAACUGGUCAGAAUUAUCAACACCGUAACAUACAUUAAUACACCUGGAUAUUGAAGCAUAAUGUAACUUCUGUUUGUUUUUAUUGAAUUUAUGAAUUUCACAAGAAAUUGGAAUACAAAAAUUGCCAUUCUAUAUCAGUACCAUUCAGUGUAUUCUGAACCGAUAAACAUAAAAUUGGAAGAUGUGCUCAGAGAGAGCAAAAGUGUUACAGGUUCUAUUCCCUUCUCACAGAAUGGCUUUGCAGUGGUGAGGCCCCCCGGACACCAUGCAACCCGCUCUACCCCCUUGUAAGUACUGCACAGACACACACACACACAUACAUGGAGUCAUGAGGUCUCUAAAAUCAUUUCAAAGGGUUCCCUAUACAUCAAAAGCACCGUUCAAAAGUGUGUGUUAUGUGUGUGUAUGGAGUAUGUGUGUUACCUGCCCAAGGCUUGUGUGUGUGUGUGUAUCAGUCUGAAAUAGAAUUCAUUAGAAGGCUAACCACAUUCAGCUGUGUGUGCUUGUAUACGUCAGUGUGUGUGUGUGCGUGCUUGCAUGCGUGAGUGGGUUUACGCGUGAUAAUGUGUCUGUCACUAGUUAUUUAUGUGUCGAUAAAGACUUUCUGGAGGAAAGGAGUUGGCCAGCAGAUAUGAUCUACAGUUCACACUCUCCCAGCUUAUAGCUCCUGCUGACACCGCCGCUUUCAACAUUCCUCUUCUCAUUUUCAUACAUCAACUCUUUCUCUCACACCUUCUCUGUCUCACAAUAUCAUACGGAUAUUGAGUACGAGUCAGCUUACUGUAAGUGGUUUAUGAGGAGCACAUUCUCUGAAAUGCAUGAGGAGGGAGGUCACGAGAAGUUAUUUUAGGUCACGAGAAGUUAUUUUGAGAUGUAGAGAGUAUUUUAGUCUUUGUGUUUUGCUUUUGUUUCAGUUAUGGUUUUCUUUUGUCUAAGAUUGUCAGAUGUUUACAUGCCGUGUCUUUUUCCCAUCGUUCAUACAUUGCCCCUUCGCCAUUCUGCCACUGUCUUUCCAAACCAUGCCUAAAUAUGAGUGCAUGUCCAGUGAAACAAAGCAUGUUUGACUCAUUGGUACUAAUAUCCUCACAUCACCUAGUGUGUGUAUUGUGAGGAUAUUCUCUGAGACGCCCACACAUUAUUGUGGGGACAUCUCCUGAAAAUCCUUCACUUUACAUUGUGUCUUUUGUCUCAUUAUGGGAACAUGACCUCCUAAGUCCUGAGUAUAUCCUCAUAAACCCACGUGUGUCUUUCCAAAGGGGUUUCUGCUUCUUCAACUCCGUGGCCAUCGCAGCCAAGCAGCUCCAGCACAAACUCAGCAUCAGCAAGAUCCUCAUUGUGGACUGGGUGAGAGACGACCGCCAUCACUGGUCCCCACAUGGGAGCUAAACACUUGCUUACUUACACAAUUCACGUAUUGACCAUAAGCGUGGUGUCAACAUUCACACUGAUCUCUGCUUUCCACAUGAGUCUGGGCCCGCCACGAGUCUGGGCGUUAACACAGACAGACACACACAUGUUGGAACACAUGCACACUUAAGUACUUCCUGGUUUAUAAAGACAAAUAAUUCAAUGUAGUUUGGUGUGCACUAAAGGAGAUGAUGCAAACAACCAGAGCAAGUAUGAAACUGGUCAAGCGUACUACAUAAUUAAGAGUAUAACGACCCCUUGACCUUUAUCCCCAAUGUCCAGGAUGUUCACCAUGGCAACGGUACCCAGUCGGUGUUCUACAACGACCCCAGCGUGCUGUAUAUCUCCCUGCAUCGCUAUGACAAUGGCAACUUCUUCCCCGGUAGCGGGGACCCAGCUGAGGUAAGUUAGGUUGCACUAUCCCACCACCAUGUACAUCAUGCUCCCCCAUCAAAUACAUGAAUGGUCUUUUCAUUUGAAGAAGAAAAAAAACGUCUGAGCCAGCACAGAACGGAUUGGGUCGGCCCAAUAGUCUGAAAACCUCUUUAGCGUCUGUUACCACCCACUCCAUUCUCACCAAAUAAGGAGGAUAAAAAAGUGGACAUUUUCCCAUAUUCUUCAUCAUGGGAGGAUGGUCCAUUAGAUGCUACGCUGGCUUGGAUGUGGUUUAGCCUUAAAUAGCCCCUCUGAGCUGUGUGGUAAACCUCUGGAGUCUCUGUGUCCCUCUACCACAGCCCCAUGUACCUAUAUAACACACUAGGGGGUAGCAGUGAUGUCAUCAGGGGUACCACACAAAAACAUCAGGGUACCCGUAAUCCGCUCCAGGGUCUCUUAAACAUGAAAGGAAUAACAGAAGGGAUGAAGAAGAGAAGAACAAUGGAGAGAGAGAAAGAGAGGGAGAGUGACUAGUUGGCAGUGGAUGGCGGAGCUCAUGUGUUUUGAGUUUGCCCUGUGAACAUCCCGUCUACCGAGAGAGAGUCGAGUCAGACACUCUGCAACGCACAUCAUCCUCACACACACGAACACACACCCACAAAGGAAAUGGCUGCGAUUUGUUGCCAAGAGUGUGUCACUCAGAGUCCUCACUAUCUCCUCACCGUGACAUUGAGCGAUGGUGGAGGAGUUUCAAAAGCGAAAUAGCCGUUAGCAGGCAUUUUUAAGGCUUACUCUCCUCUUAAGACCAGGGGAUCAGUUAGUAUGCCAUCCCACAAACGUGAGGUCAAAUCAGGGAGACGUCCACCGGUUGUGCCUGGCAUUUGAUGAAAUAUAGUCUCUCUUGACAGAUGUUAAAAUUGGGUUCUGGGUGCGGAGAUUAGGUGAAAUAUAGCUAGAAAUGGAAUAUCGCCAAGUGCCGACUCAAGAAUAUACGUACGUCCCUGUAGUGUGUUCAAACUGGGACUUAAUCUGGGUGUAGUUUUGUUGCUGCGAGUGAUUUAUAAGCAGAUUUGACAAAUUGUAUCAAAAAUCGAAAUAGUUGAGUUGAUGGAGGCAUUGAAUUAAUGGCCAGCCGUCUUUCAUUUGGAAAUCGUAAUCACUCCCUUAUGUCAUUGAAAUGUGACGCGGCUUUUCAUUAAUUGCACAAAUGCACAUUGUUAAACAACCGUGCUGAUUGUCUGUGAACAUUUGAUGCAAAAUAUCUCAUGACCUUUAACUCUCAGCACAACUUUCAAUGAAGUAAGAUGCAAACAUAACUCUCUCUCCCUUCUCUCUCUCUCUCCCGCUCUGUCCAGGUUGGAGCAGGUGCAGGUGAGGGCUUCAAUGUCAAUGUGGCGUGGACGGGAGGCUUGGAUCCCCCCGUGGGCGACGCUGAAUACCUGGCAGCAUUU